AUGCGCCGAAUUUUGCGAGCGCAAAUUGGCACAACUUCAAGUCAACGGUUCCGACCACGUGGAUGUCAUCCAGUGACGCGAUUAACGCUUCUUCCCCUUCCACCACCACCAUCCACGUCGCGUUCUGGCCUAUUCGCUGUCCUUGUUGUCGCCCUACACCCAGAUCCUGUAUUAUCGCAGGACAUGGCCUCCUACUGUUGGUCUUUUACCGGCAAGCUGAUGCGAAGACUUGCAGACAUGAGGCUACAGAUUGAAAAUGCCGCCAAUACGUCUUUGGGAAUCCCGUUUGAGCAGAAAGAUAUCUGGAUCUCUGAGAAUGUGUACAGUUGCUCCAUACGCCGUCUAGGCAUAGCUUCGGGUGUGGUGAUGGUCGUGUUUGCCAUCGUUCCAGCUGGCUUCUAUUUCGGCUAUCUAUUUCGGUACAUCUAUCUUGACGUCGGGAAACACGGUUGA